AUGAAACCAUACAGCCUUCUCAGCAGUUUAGCUAUCCUCGGCCCUGCGGCCUUGACGGUUGCACAAACUCUCAACAUCGUCGCACAUCAAGACGAUGAUCUACUUUUCAUGUCCCCAGACCUUCUUAGCGACGUACGGUCAGGUCGCGCCGUCCGCACCGUCUUCCUCACAGCCGGCGAUGCAGGCCAGGGCGAGGAUUACUGGACAAGCCGUCAAGCCGGUUCCUUAGCGACUUAUGCACAAAUCGCGGGUGUUGCUAAUGAAUGGAACGAAGGCGAUGCAGGCAUCGAGGGAUUCGACAUCCCAGUAUACGAACUAGCAGCCAAGCCUCAGAUUGAACUCGCCUUCUUGCACAUCCCAGACGGCAACCUGGACGGUUCAGGUUUCGCAUCCACAGGAAGUGUGAGUCUCCAAAAGCUCUGGGAGGGAACUAUCGACCAAAUCGGCACGGUCGAUGCCUCCGGCACUACCUAUACGAGGGAUCAACUUCUCGACGUUCUCUCCGACAUCAUUGAAAACUUCAGCCCCGACCGAAUCAACACUCUUGACUUUGUCAAUGAUCUCGGUGAUGGCGACCAUAGCGACCACCACACUACUGGGUUCUUUGCGGAUCACGCAUCCCAGAAUGCUGAUAAUGAUGCGGCCUUCUACGGCUACAUGGGUUAUUUGGUCCAAAACCAGCCCGCCAAUCUCAAUGCUGAUCAAAUUGCGGAUAAGAAGAACAUCUUCUACUUCUAUGCCGGCUAUGAUUCUGGUACUUGCAAUAGCGAUGCUGCUUGUGCUGGCAGACCCGAGCUUGCUUGGCUGGAGCGCCAGUACCUGGUAUGA